AUGAGAUUCUGCACGGCAGUCGUAUUAGCGGCGACACUUCUCAGCAGCGUCAUUGCUCAGGACCCAACGGUCCCUGCCAUCCCAACGGGCACACCGAUCCCUGGGAUCUAUAAUGGCACAUACAGGCCGCAGGUCCACUUCUCGCCCCCUCAGCAUUAUAUGAACGACCCGAAUGGGCUGUUCUUGGAUGCCAACGGAACCUACCAUCUGUACUACCAGUAUAACCCUACAGCGAACACCGCGGGGGACCAGCACUGGGGACAUGCUACGAGCCGGGAUCUCUACCACUGGAUCAACCAGCCCAUUGCGAUCUUUCCACCGACCAAUGACACGCAAGUCUUUACUGGGUCUGCCGUCGUCGACGUCAACAACACAUCAGGCUUCUUCCCCGAUCAGGACAACGGCGUCGUUGCGAUCUAUACUCUGAACACGCCCACAGGACAAGUUCAAGAUAUCUCGUACUCCGUCGACGGAGGGUACACCUUCACCGCUUUCUCUGGGAACCCCGUCCUCACCAGCACGUCGACGCAAUUCCGCGACCCGAAGGUGAUGAUAGUCUCGUUCGCUGCGGACCUAACGCUCGGCUUCUACACGUCUCCGGACCUCAAGACGUGGUCGAGCGCGUCCAACUUCACUUAUCCCAACUCCGUCAACCAAUUCGAAUGCCCCAACAUCGUGAAGAUGCCAGUGCAGGGCAGCAAUGACAGCAUGUACGUGCUGUCCACCAGCAUCAGCUCCGGCGGGCCCGCCGGAGGCGGAGCCAUCAUAUACUUCCCCGGCACGUUCAACGGCUCGCACUUCACCGCGGUCGACGACACCCCGCGCUUCAUCGACUUCGGGGCAGAUAGCUACGCGGGCCAGUUCUUCUCUGGGAUCCCGGACGGCGACGAUGCGCUGUUCAUCGCGUGGGCUACCAACGGGCAGUACUCGCAGGACACGCCGACCGCCCAGGAGGGCUGGCGCAGUACGAUGUCGCUCCCGCGCCGCAACCGCCUCGCGCCAAACGCCACGAGCGGUGGCUACGACCUGAUCACGGUCCCCCAAGACCUUUCCCCCGUGCUCGGCGAGCAGCUAGCCUCGAUGGCCGACCUCGCGAACGGCACGUUCUUCGUCGACUACAGCGCGGUCGCCUCCAACGUGAUCUACUUCGAGGCCAACGUCACUGGCGUCUCAGGCGCAAGCGACACCUCGACGCUUAACUUCACGAUUCAGAGCCCCAUCUCGGGCGAGUCGGUGCGCGGCCGGUACUCGUUCGGGGGCAACAACACGUUCGUCGUCGACCGCAGCGGCGUGCACGGGUUCAACAACACGGCCUUCACGGGCACGCCGUUCACGACGACGAGCGCGGUGCGCGCGGACGGGACGUGGACGCUGGCGGGCGUGGUCGACCGGAGCAUCCUCGAGGUGUUCGUGGGCAGCGGUGUGGCGAGCGCGACGGCUCUGUUCUUCGCAACGCAGCCGCUGACGGUGUUCACACUUUCUACGGCGCAGCUCCCGGCGAACGCAUCAGUAAGUGUGGCGGUAUAUGCGGUCCGCAGCGCGUGGAAGGUGGAGGAGAACGGGGAGGGGGUUGUGGUGGGCAAUGUCACGACUAUCGCGUCCCGAGACGAGUUGUAA